AGCAUGGGCAUAAAGACCCCUUGGCCAUUACACUUAACAUGUGAAUUAAUGUCACAAAAAAAGAAAGAUAUAAAGAAAUAAAUAAAAGAAAGAUAAUUAUACUUGAAAGGUAAUUUGCACAUCAUAGUUGUCCAACAUAAAAAGGACCCCACGAAUGGCGAACGCAGUCCCUGCUCUAACGAACGACCUGCUGGAGGAAAACUCCAAGCGAAACGAAAGACGCACCUACGUAUGUGAUGUAAUCAGGGACUGCGGAAGCGGGGGUGCUACGGGGGCUUUAGCCUCCCCCAAUAAUUUUCAAAAUGUACUUAAAGUCAUACCAAAAAUCGCCCUGCUUUUAAUUUUCAAAAGAUCCCGACUAGUGUGGACCGAGGGGUGAUUCACUCUUGCAAAUAGCGUACGAGAUUUUGCUUAAAACAAGAGGAUUUCUGGGGAUUUUCAGAUAAAAUAAUAGGAUUUUCACGAAAGGUGUACGAGAUUUUCUUAGAGUGAUUUGCCCCUCGGUGUGAACUUGAAGGAUUCGUCUUUCUGUUGGCCCCAUCCUACCAAUAUAUGUAUACUGCAAAUAAAAUUACACACCAAGCUAGCUAUUUAGAAAAAAAGGGACCCAGCAAAUGAAGAACCUCUUGAAAUCGAGUGAAACAUAAUUAACAAAAAUGCAAAGCCCAAGCCCAGGUUCUUCAGCGACCAGGUAGUAGCCCCUGCUGGCAGCAUACUUUUCUGAGAAACCUCGUAUUCGACAAAAGAAGCCAACGGAUAGUGGGGACCAGUGAAUGGGACUUGGUAAGUGGAACAGGACUGUUUGAAAGUGGGACUGUACUGUAUUGUUACCGUUAUUGUCCUUCCUUCGUUUUGGUGAAUACACGGAAAGAUUGCAGAGCAAAGCAGUGGGCAUUUCAAAUAUAAAGGAUGGUUUUGACUGUAAGCAGCAAGGUGGAAAUACCACUUGUCAUUGUAAAAAGCUCAGUUGAAUCUCGUGAGCGCAAAUACAAAUGCACUGUCUGUGAAGAAGUGAUUGACAGAUUAUUCAUGUUUGAAGACCACUGGCUACAUCAUUUAAUUGAUGGUUUUAAGCCAAACGCAACACCAAGUUUUCAGAGGGUUAGCUCUGUUCAAAGCUUUCAAAGGGAACCUGGAGCACAGAUAAAAUGUAAAAAUUUAAAUACAGCUAGUGAUUACAACAUCAAUAAAGGAAAUAUUUUUGCACUUAAAGCUAAAGUUUUGAAUGAACAGAUAUCACCAUUUGAAAAAGAAGAGACUGUGAUAGAAGAAAGUGUUUUAGAAGAAGCUGUUGAACUGACUGAGGAUGAAGAUGUGACAGUAAGCGAAUACAUAGAACAAGGAAUUGAUGAAAGUGACGUUGAGAAUGAAGAUUUUUCAUGCAGCAUUUGCGGGGAAAAUAACCAAGAUAUAUUCUCUUUGAAAAAACACAAGGAAACAGUGCAUAACAAGACUUUAAUUGGAGAAAAACGUAAAGCUGGUGAAAAUGCUUUGGAGCCAAAGCUAGAAGCUAAAAGGGCUCACUCUCAAACAAAUUAUUCAUGCCAAUUUUGUCCAGAAGUUUUCAUUGGUUUUUCUUUGCUUAAAAAACAUAUGCGUAACCACCACCCAAAAGAGGAGAAGAAUUUUUGUAAUAUAUGUGGAAAGUACUUUAGCUCUCAUUUUUCGCUAGUAAAACACUCAGUUGCGCAUUUAGCAGCGCAAUUAAGAGACGAGGUUUGGGAUACAGAAAAAGAGGCACUGACUUGUCCAAGUUGUAGGUCUGAAUUUAUGACCGGCGAAGAAUUACAGGUGCAUGACUGCAAAAUAAAAAACAAUCAAUGCCAUUUCUGCAGACAAAAGAUGUCGAGAGGUGACCAUCUUAAGAUUCAUUUGGUAGAUCACGUGAAGGCAAAAACACACUACCAGUGCUCAGUGUGCCAAUGGAAAACACACAAAGUCAACGACUACGCCAAACACAUGGCUGGGCAUUCAACUCAUCCGAAGCCAUUUGUCUGUGAAGACUGUCAAAAACGUUUCAAGACAUUAAGGGAACUUAAUAAACAUAAGCGUUGCCAUGAUAAAAGAUUCGAAUAUACUUGUCCAGAGUGUGGAGAAGUGAUUGCAAAUACAGCAUUGAUAAGAAAGCAUAUGGCAGCCAAGCAUAAUAUUCGGGAUGCUGAAAGGAGGUUCCAAUGUGACAAGUGUCCAAGCAAAUGCUACACUCGCGGCGCAUUAGAGGAGCAUCGUAAGGCCCAUGGGAACCUGGAAAUUGCAGAGUGUAAGUAUUGCCCAGAGACGUUCUCAAAUCGUCGGCUUGCAUUAUUGCAUCAGCAAGAAGAACACGAGGGCAGGGUAUAUAGGUGUGAAGAAUGCAAAACUAAGUUUACAAACCAAAAACAGUUAGAUGAUCACAUUUCAAAGCAUGGGAACAUGCAUGGAUUAUAUUUAUGUGAAAUCUGCGAGGAAAGUUGUCCUGCUCAAGCAUGGCGUUCACAUUUGCGUCAACAUGGUAGAUUUGUGUCUCAAUGCGCAGCAUGUAAUGUUGCUCUUGACGACACGAAGGUCAUGUACCACAAGACAGCACACUUGCAGCUCAGUACGGUUGUAAACAAACAGUGCAGAUUAUGCGGAGAAGUGCUGGAGACCGUAGAAGAGGUCCAUAAGCACUGCUUGGAGCAUCAUGGUUUAAGUGAUUAUACUUCUUAUGUGCUACCAGAAAAUCUCAUAAGCGACUCUUAUCCUGUGACAAUGCAGCCAAUUGGUUGGGCUUGCCCCAUUUGUGAAGAGAGUUUUAGGGUUGAGCCAGAUUGGAUAAAACACAUCGAGGGACACACAUUCAGCGAAACAGCGGCUGUAAAAUGCAGCAUUUGUAAAGGUCUCUUUUUUGACAAAAAAAUCUUUAUUAAGCAUUUGGCAAACUGCGUGAAAAGGAAGAGACAUGCGAAGAAUCCAAUUAUCGGAAAGGCAGAUGACAAUGGAAUGGAUAAUGCCACAAGCAGAAUGAGCUCCAAGGGAAGAAAUACGCCACAAGACGAAAAUAAUGAGACAAAAGCCUCGUUUGAUGGCAGCGCUACGGACGUUUGCACUACGGACGUUUGCACCACGAACGGCAGCACCACGGACGGCAACACCACGGACGGCAACACCACGGACGGCAACACCACGGACGGCAGCACCACGGACGUUUGCACCAAAGAAAAAGCUAACUUUGAUCAGCGCCCAGUUAUGUGCGUGCUUUGCUUUCAUUUCUUUGAAAGUGCAGAAGGCUUGGGAUAUCAUUUGCUUACGUCGUGUGAACAACUGCUAGAAGAAAAAUGCUGGAGAUGUCACAAGGAAUUUCCAAACAUUGUUAAGCUCAACAAGCACAUAAAGGAAGUGACGAAACCUUGCUCCAUUAUGAAACCUCGUGAACCAAAAAUUGGUCGUGAUGUAUAUCCAUGCGAGUACUGUCACAAAAAAUUCAGCGAAGGUUCGUUCUUAAAAAUGCACAUGCUACAGCAUCAUGAUCCUGGAGAAUAUAGUUGCUUAAAAUGCCUGAGGACGUUUGAAUUAAGAGUUCUUUUGGAGAAUCAUCUUUACGGCCAUGCAGAGGAAGACCAAGUGUCAAUGUUUUGUGUGGCAUGUGGGAAAUUGUUCAAUCGAAUGUUUGAUUUACAAGAACAUGUAAGGGUUCAUAAAAUUCAGGCAAAACAAUAA